AUGAAGAUUGUAAAAUUAUUUUCAAUAGUGAUCUUAUGUAUCAGUGCUGUAUUUACUUAAUCUAGCAAUGAGCUCUAAAAAAUUAUUUAAUAUGGUUAAAAUUGCCACUACUCUUGUAAUUCAUGCAUUGGAAACAAAUUUUAUGAAUGUACUUCUUGUUAAAAUCUAACUGGUAAUUAUAAUAAUACUAUUAUAAAUCCAAAAUAUUACAUUGAUGGUGUAUCCUAUUUAUCUUAAUAAAACCUUUCGGUGCUUUAUGGAGAAUGCACAUGUAGUCCAAAUAAAGAUCAAUAUUCUUUUCAGAUAGGUUAAGGAUGUGCCAAAGACUAAUCUUUAGAAAGAUACUUAGAUUUAGCCCUAAAAGCUCUCAUUUAUUCUAAUUUAGGAAUGUCUGGAGUUUACUUUUUAACUUCAUUAAAAAUUUUUUAUUUGGUAGACCUCAUUGAAACAUUACAAUAUUUUGGAAAUUUUGCUAUGAUCAAUCAUAAAAAUAUAGGAAAAAGCAAUGAUUAAAUAUCUACUUAUCUAAAUUUUAAUCCAACAUUCUUGCUAAACCAUGAUAAUAGUAGUUUUAUUUAAUUCUUCUAAGAUACAAUAAAUAAUAACAUUAAACCUUAAAGUAUAAAAAUUAUUUCCCAAAUCCCUACUCAAAACUAGUUAGAAUAAUAAGCUAAUAGUAGUACUAUAGAUUAAACACCUUUGCUAGUGUAGUAGUAUAGUUUCUAAAUGUUAAACUAGCUGUAAAAUAGUUAAUUUAAGUUAAGUUAAGCACUUGAUGGAUUAGGAAGUGAUUUCUCUUACUUUCAAUUAGGUAUAAAUUUCUAAAUGGUGCUUCUUUGCAGCUAUAUAAUAUUGGCUUUAUUUUUGUUAUCUCAUUUUUUAGUAUUCGAAAAAAAGUAUCUGCCUUAAUCAAAAGUUUUUAGCACAUCGUCGGACGAGAAAAAAAGAGAGAAUAAAUAAAUAGAUAAUAGCAACUAUCUUUAGAAAUAUUAAUAUGAAAACUCUAAAUAUUAUCAAAUAUAUCAGUAUGUUAUAAACCUCUCACUAACCUUCUACUAUUUAUGCUUAAACGAAUAGCUAAUUUACUUACAGAUAUCUUUCUACUUAGGCUAAAAAGAUAAAAAAGAUAUAAUUGCUAUAUGUAUCUUUUUUUUCAUUUCAGCUGUAAAUUUAGUACAAUUGAUUUACUUUAGCAGGAGAUCAAGCAUGCCAACAACAAACUAAAAGACUGUUAUUUUUGAUCAUAUUAAAUUUAUAAAUAAAGGAAAAUAAAGAUAUGUCACUAUUGUAAAACUUAUAUUUAAAGUUUCAGAGACUAUUAUUUUCUACUAGCUGUAUAGUAACACAACAUUAUAAAUAAUUAUUCUCCUGUCUCUUGCUUUUUUGCAAUUUCUAUUCUCUAUUUACAUCAAAGCUUUUGUUUUCACUUAAUAUAACGCAUUAUAUACUAUUUAGCAGGCUAUUAAAAUCAUACUAUUGGUGUUACAUCUUGUAAUUUAAUUAGUAGAAUAAUCUUCUGAUUAAAGUAGCUUAGAUAAGCUCAAUUUAUGUUUAACAGCUCUUUAAUUUUGCUACACCUUUGCUGUGUUAUUCUACAAUCUUGUAAUGUAUUUAUAGGAUUUGUGUUUUUAUUGUUUUAAUAAAGGUGAUCAAAAAUUAAAUUUUUCUUCUGUAAGUCCACUAUCAAAUUAAAGUUUUGCUAAUAACAGCAACUAUGGCAAAGAGAAUUAAAAAUUGAUAAAUUUAUAAAAGAGUGAAAACAUAAUAAGUCUUAAUCAAUCAUAACUUUAAGAGAGCGUUAUUGAAUAAAUUCCUUCCUUUAGAGAAAUAGAUUAAAAAUAGUAACACAAUUAGUAGUUACCUUAAAAAUUAUAACCUCAAAAUAGACAGUAAUACAAAAAUAGUGAGUACUUUAAUCUAGGAUUCCAACGAAAAGUAGGGCAUUAAACAGAGCUUAUUAUAAAUCCAAUAAAUAAAAACCCGGAUUUUGAAGAUGUUUUAUAAAAAGAGUCUAAUUUUAAUAAAAAAAAUACCAAUUAACAAAAAAAUAUUUAAAUUUAUGAGGAGGAUAAUAAUAAAAAAGUCUUAAAAUCUCAAAUUUAUAGUUACUAUAACGAAGAGUAGUAGAACAAUCUCAAGUAAACUCCAAUUUAAAUGAUUUAAAAUAUUCGAUAAAAAUAAGAAAAACAAUAAGAGUAACAAUUGAAGCCAUUUUAAUAACCCCCAAAUAAUAACUAAAAUAUUUAUGAAAUGUUUAAUGCUGUUAAAGAAAACGUAAAUUAUAAUAACACAAAUAAAGCUCAUAUGACUACUUAUAGAAAAUGA